AUGGACCUGAUCGGCUACCCGCACAUCAAUAUCAAUAAUCCUACAAUUACAGAUGCCAGCUGUAAUGGCUACAAAGACGGAGCGUUUACCCUGAAUGUAACCGGCGGCAACCCACCCCUCAGCUAUUUUAUGAGGAGCCCGACAGACAGCAAUAAGACGGGUAUUUUCGACUCGUUGGUACGGGGCACUUAUGUGGUACGUAUUGUAGAUUCGACAGGCUGCUUUAAAGAAACAACCGUUGUCAUCAAUCACCCGGACACGCUGGUGGCCGGAACGAUUAUCACACCUAAUGACUGUAUCGGGUAUGACGACGGUGGCGCUGUUGAAGUAACAAGCAGGGGUGGCACACCUCCUUACAGUUACCUAUGGAGCACCACCCCACAACAAACAGCCGGUAAGAUCAGCGGAUUGCCCAAUGGUAAAUAUGCUGUGAUAGUUACCGAUGCGCAUCGCUGCGCGGACACAACCAUUGCACUGGUGCCUUAUGAUAAUUGCUGCAAACCGGUCAUUCCCGAUGCAUUUACCCCCAAUGGAGAUGGCAGAAAUGACCGCUUCCGCGUAUUGUUUAAGGGAGAUGUAAAGCUGGAAAGCUUCUCUGUAUAUAACCGUUAUGGCCAGCGUAUCUUCUACACCACAGCUACCGAAGCUGGCUGGGAUGGUACCUGGAAUGACCGCAACCAGGAUGCCGGAACUUACUUCUAUUACAUCCGCCUGGUAUGUGGUAAUAAAGGGAAUAAUGUACAGGAAUAUAAAGGGGAUAUAACCCUGAUCAGGGAAAUCGUAUCAGUGACCGGAAUUGGCGGGCUUUACCAAUUGCUUUCUACCAAGAGUGAUGGCGCUAUCGUUCGUAAUCUUGCCGAUAACACUACCAAGUUUAUCUCUGCGCGUCUGCACAAUGUAACGCCAUUGGAAAGCAUCGAGAUCUAUACUAUUGGCAACAAUGUGCGCUUGCAUGAGGUAUUGGAUCAGAUGCAGAAAAGCGAGAAGAGCAAACCAGAUGCUAAAAAAGCAAGCAACGAUGAGAUCAGGUCUUACUUCAAGGAAGUGUAUCCGGAUAUUGAUGAAGACCGUGUGUAUGUAAGUGAUAUGAAGAAGAUGCUCAAAUGGUUUGACCUGCUGAAGAGCAACAACCUGCUGGACUUCUCUUCACUGAACAGGCAACAGGAAGAUGCCGCCGCCGGAGAUGCGGAUGCGGAAGCACAGCGGCUGGACUUUGAAGCUUUUGAGGGAAAUGCCAAUGCAUUCCGCAUCCUCACCCAUAGCUUUAAUGAGCCCGAACCGGGCGGUUAUAAACUCACCUACGCCACCCUGGCCUCGGUGAUCAAAUAUCCAUGCAGCUCUGCCGCGGGCUUCGACAAAAAGACCGGGCUGAUUGCCACGAAAAAAUCAGGAUUUUUUGACUCUGAAAGAACCACUUAUCAGCAAAUUGCCGACAAGGCCGUUGCCGGCAAUGGAUUUACAAAAUGGGUUAUCACCGCUAAAGACCUGGAAGCAUUGGGCUACCUGAUGUAUGCCAAACAAUGUGAGCCACUGGUAAAUACGGCGGGUGAUUGGGAUGCCCCGGAACGCGACACGGUGAAGAUGGGCAAGCUAAUACGUAAUGGACUGCAACUGCAAAAAGCAGCCAAAAAAGACUUUAUCCGCGACCGUUAUAAUUACCAGGUGAUACGACUGGCCUUUUAUGCGGGCAAUCCUUCCCUUGCACUCGAUCUGUACAAUACACUGGCUGCCAGUAAUACGGGUAACAGCGAGAUACAGGCACGGACCCUUGCCUUAAAAGGCGGAGCCUUAUUCCGGCUGAAACGCAAACCGGAAGCGGCUUACUGUUAUGCACUCGCCUUUGAUAAGAGCGAUAAUAUAAAGACGACCUCCUUCCAGUCGUUUGACUGGUGUGUGGGUAAGGAUGCAACGCCUGUAUUGAAGCUAUGCAAAACGCCACAUGAAAAAGCAGUGGUAUGGGUGAUGAACGGACUGCAUCAUUACGAUCAGGGCUUACCUUCUAUGCAGGCAGCCUAUCAGGCCGAUCCUUCCGUUGCCGGACUCGAUGUAGUGAUGACCCGGGAAAUCAAUAAAACGGAAGAACGUUACCAGGCACGUGUACUUUCCAGCGAUCGUAAUCUAACCGCAUCGAGUUACUGGUUCAAUGAUUAUGCUUCCUAUUAUAAUGGAGACGAAGGAAAAGCGAGCGAGGAAAAGAAUAAAAACGAAAAAUUACAGGAUGCAAGAUCCUUCCUGCAACGCAGUGCUAAAACAGACUUUGAACGCUGGCUGAUCGAUUCCGUGGGGUAUACAACGGCCAGCCUUACUGAGCUGGAAGGCACAAAGUAUCUGCGCCGGUUUGAGUUUGAAAAAGCAGCAGCCAGCUUCAGUGGAUUAGGUGAUAGUGCAGACCUCCCCGACCCGUUCAUCGCCCAUAUCAGUGAUAAGUAUGAGCUGGAUCCUAUAGAUACAAAAACGCUUUACUCCAAACUGACCUUUGCCCGCAAAAUGGCCGGGCUACAGAAAAAGAUCAAUGCUGCGCCCAAUGAUGCGCAGGCGUUGUUUCAAUAUGCGACGGGGCUUUACAGCAUCAGCUAUUAUGGCAAGAGCACUUAUAAUGUUACCUAUUACCGCAGCUCCACCGACCCGUUGUCUUAUUUUAACAGUGAUCAACGGAAAUCGGCGCCGGUUUAUACGCAGGAGUAUUAUGGUGCAAUAACUGCCGAAAAGCUGUUUGCCCAAGCCGCAGCAAAUACCACCGAUGCCGAGCUGAAAGGCAAAGCACUCUUCAUGGCUGCCAAGUGCUGGCAGAAACGUUGUGAAACCGGCAAAGCCCAGUCCUACUAUGAUCAGGACAUGAUCAAGCUGUAUUACAACAACUCUUUAAACAACCCUUAUUUUAAGCAGUUAAAAAAUGAAGCUUCAUCUACAAAGCUCUACCAGGAAGCAUUGAACACCUGUGGCUAUUUUAAUGACUAUGCAACCAAACAGAAAUAA